GAAUCGUACGGCUAAUUUACACAUAACCUGAAUUUUAGAGUAGUUUUCUUCUAGAUUUCUACAUUUUAUUUGCAUAAAAAUGGUUAUUUUAGGAGAACAAUUUCCUAAUUUUUCGGCAAAGACUACAGUGGGAGAUAUAUCAUUCCAUGACUGGCUAGGAGAAUCUUGGGGUAUACUGUUUUCUCAUCCAGCAGAUUUCACACCAGUAUGUACUACAGAACUAGCCAGAUUAGUAAAGUUAAUUCCAGAAUUUACAAAAAGAAACACUAAAAUAAUUGCCUUAUCUUGUGACUCAGUAGAGAGCCAUUUGAAAUGGAGUGCUGAUAUUCUUGCCUAUAGUGGUUGUUUAGAGGGCACAUUUCCUUAUCCAAUUAUUGAAGAUCAAGAUAGAGAUCUUGCCAUUGAAUUAGGAAUUAUUGAUUCAGAUGAGAAGGACUCUGAUGGCAUACCACUUUCUGCAAGAGCUGUGUUUAUUGUUGAUCCAAAAAAGAAGAUGAGACUGUCCAUUUUAUAUCCCGCUACCACGGGAAGAAAUUUUGAUGAAAUUCUAAGAGUGUUGGAUUCCUUACAACUUUGUGACAAACAUAAAAUAGCUACACCUGCUGAUUGGGUCCCUGGUGAAGAAGUGAUGGUACAACCCACUGUUUCUGACACUGAACUUAACAGUUUGUUCCCAGUUGUUACAGUUAUGACAGUUCCUUCAGGAAAGAAAUAUUUAAGAAUGAUACCAGAUCCAAAAUAAAAUGUAUUGUUGUGUUUCCUAUUAUCUGUUCUCAUAUUUACAUAAUUUUGUUUAUUUUGUAAUAUUCUUUAAUAAUAAAACAAAUACUUAAUAAC